AGGUGAAACUUUCCUAUGGAUCAGAGCGCGGUCAAGAGAACAUGGAUCCCGACCACAUGUCAACCAGCAUGUUUGGCUGCCGUCGACUCCCCUGAGACACUGCGUGUCAAGACACCCGUGGAGACACCCUUCCGACUAUCAGAUUGUAAAGACAUACCUCGAGGUCUGAUGGCUGCGGUGAACACGAAGUGUCUCAGAGAGAAGCCGAGGAACCAAGCUCACAGCUGCUUUUUAAACAGCUGCUGCAGGACGACGAAUAAUCCAAUGAUUUCUCUGUUAUUUCGCCAUGGCGACAGAUCCCCAGUCAGGGCCUAUCCUACUGACCCAUACCAAGAGAGGGCCUGGCCUCAAGGCUUUGGACAACUAUCGCAGGAAGGGAUGCGUCAACACUUAGAGCUCGGACAAUUUUUGAGGAAGCGUUACAAAGGGUUCAUCAAUGACAGCUAUGCCCGACAUGAGAUCACAGUGCGCAGCACAGACUACGAUCGUACCCUGAUGAGCGCCGAAGCCAACCUUGCAGGGUUCUAUCCCCCUACUGAUCAGCAGGUCUUCUCACCAAACUUAAACUGGCAGCCCAUCCCCGUGCACACGGUGCCGAAAAGUCAAGAGAAGCUGCUGUCGUUUCCCCUUGAAGAUUGCCCUCGCUACAAAAUCCUCAUGAAUGAGACCGAACACACAGAAGAAUUUAUCAACGUUACAUCUGCUAACAAGGACCUAAUAGAGCUGGUGAGAAAUAAGACAGGAUUGAAUAAGACAAAUGUGGAGUCGGUGUGGAGUGUGUAUGACACACUCUUCUGUGAGUCCCGUCACAACAUGUCAGCACCUGAUUGGGUGACCCCGUCAGUCAUGGAAAAGCUCCGGUUUCUCAAAGAUUUUGGAUUCAGGGUUAUAUUUGGUAUCUACAAACAGCAGGAGAAGAAUCGGCUGCAGGGAGGGCUCUUAUUAGGUGAAAUAGUGAAGAAUAUUUCCAAAGCGGCCAUUUCCAAGGAAACGCACCGUCUGAAAAUGAUGAUGCUUUCAGCGCAUGACACAACUGUCACAGCCCUGCAGGCCAGCCUGAAUGUCUUCAAUGGCAGACAGCCGCCAUACGCUUCCUGUCACAUGAUCGAGCUGUACAAGGAUGAGAACGGGUCUCUGUCGGUAUCCAUGUUUUACCGGAACGACAGCACAGUUGCACCUUAUGCUGUUCAGCUGCCAGGCUGCGCCAUUGACUGCCCCCUAAAGGACUUUGUGAAACUUACACAACUCUCCAUUUCCAAUGACCGAAACAAAGAAUGCCAAGUACCUUCAAGUGGCAGCAAUAAAGAGGUGAUCAUCACCCUGGCAGUGUCGGGCUGCUUGCUGCUGCUCCUCGUCAUCGUCCUCUUCGUUUCCAUCGUACGCCACAAGGAGCCGUUGAGCAAUCAGGGAUAUCACCACGUCAUCAACCAGGAUGCAGGUGAGGAGUCCUGACAAGAGCGGGGUGUCGUCAAUCGCAGACGAAGCAGCUCCUCGUCAUGGGACCACAGCAAUGAAGAUGAACUUUGAUCUCUUGAAGCCUCUAUCAAAUCAGUGAUUUUAUUGUCUAAAUACUUGUUGGUUUAGACGAGCUUUUAAAGAAGUGCGCAAUCUUUCACUCUUUUUUUGUGUUUAGGUCGGCACAUUUCUGAUUGGAAUGGGAGCUGACAUGGUGAAUGUGGUUAGUGUUUGAAUGUCAGGAGCAGUAAGAAAGAUUUAUCUCGUCAGGUUACAUUUUUAAAUGUCUUAAUUACGUGUUCAGUUUAGUGCAAUUUUGUCUACCAUCAUGCCUUUCAAUAUUUUCUCAUGUUUAAGUCGCUCUGUUUGCCACAAAACCAAAGUGCUGAGUGACACAAAUCUAGCGAGCAUGUCAAAGUGAAAGUAGCACAUCUGAUUUUUACUCCACUUUAUGUUGUCUGAUGGUUUUUAUUGUAAUUUUAACAUAAAUGUGAUGCAACUUUUUGUUGGAUGUCAUCACUGGAACAGCAGUGAGAUCUUCUUCUAGAUUUGUUUUAACUUGAAAUAAUCCAUAAAAAAAACAUCUUUCAAAUAGCUUAAUUUGAGUUUAAGUUUGAGUUUGAGUUUAUUUCGAACAUGCAAGCAUACAGCAUGAUACAUCACAAUUUCCAGUUUCUCUUUUCAACAUGUUCGAAAAGGAGUAGGAAGAAGCAGAGUUUAUUUAAUCCUACUUAGUUGAAUAACUCUUAAUCACCAUAGGGAACAUUUGGGAGUGGUUGUCAUGUGAAAGCCAUGUGGCUAUCUCAGGAUACUGCCCAAAAUGACAGCGUCAGGUAGAGUAAGCGAGCUCAUUUACAAAAGUUUAGUUACUUUUUUUUAACAAUUAAAUCUCAUUUUAAAUACGUUUUAAAUUGUAAUACUUUAAUAGGGUGUCUAACAUUACUGUUCAACUUUUCUUACUGGAUUAUUUUAAUAAUCCAGUAAAAUAUCGCCUGGGUUACCGGGCGGUUUAGCUCGGUUAGUAGAGUGGCCGUGCCAGCAACUUGAGGGUUGCAGGUUCGAUUCCUGCUUCUGCCAUCCUAGUCACUGCCGUUGUGUCCUUGGGCAAGACACUUUACCCACCUGCUCCCAGUGCCACCCACACUGGUUUGAAUGUAAUUUAGAUAUUGGGUUUCACUAUGUAAAGCGCUUUGAGUCACUAGAGAAAAAGCGCUAUAUAAAUAUAAUUCACUUCACAAUUCACAAUAAAGUACAGUAGUAGAAAACGAGCUUUGAAAAUACCGCUUUCAAGCUUUUAGACUUAAAUUGCUUUUGAAAGUGACAUAACGCAUUUGUUAUAAUAGUUAAAUUGAUUAGGAACAUCAAUAAAUAACUGACUUCUAGCUCAGUUGUGACAAACAGAAACAAAAGUAUGUUCCAAAUAGAUUCAAUCCUGUGAUGUCAAUGAAAACAUUUGAAUUGUCUGAUUUUUGUUUGUUGUACUCGAUUGCAAUUUCAACUUGCUAAAUUAUGAAAUGAAUUAAACAUUGACAUGCACAA